UGGUGCUGCUACUCCCUAUCACAUCUCUCCCAGGCUCCUCCAGCCUCACCUGGUGGACUCUAUGAGGACCACAGGCCUCACCUCCAUGGGCAGUCUCAAAACAUUUGCCCUCCUGUGGGCUGUCACAUACAUUGACCCAGACUUUCUUGGAGAAGAAAUUCUGAAGAAGCAAAAGCAACUCAAAACCCCCACUUCCCGCAGAAGAAAAACGUGGGCAAGGAGAUGUAGAAGGGCAGCGGCCAAAGUCUGCGGGUUCCUGCAGGGGCCAGGGGAGGGGCGAGCCCUACAGAAAACUUGAACAGAGAGUGCUUUGGUCACCAGCUAGCCCGGGAAGGCAAGCCCCAGUCGGGCGGAACAUAGCUGGCUGCCGGGGGCGGCGGCGGAGGGAGGCGAGCACCGCCACAGAGGACUUCCAGCGGGCCAAGGACGGGGAGGGGGCCGGGAGGGUGAGGGCAGGGAAGCGGCCCGCCCUUCGUCCUGCCCUUCGCCCUACUCUCUGUCUCCUCCGCUGGAAGGAGUGGAACCCAGACUUGUUGGUCUGAGCCAUGCACAAGACGGGGCUGCUAGGCCUCUGUGACCGGGCUUGGAAUUCGGUGCGGAUGGCCAGCUCCGGGAUGACCCGCCGGGACCCGCUCGCGAAUAAGGUGGCCCUGGUAACCGCCUCCACCGACGGGAUCGGCUUUGCCAUUGCGGCGUUGGCCCAGGACGGGGCCCACGUGGUCGUCAGCAGCCGGAAGCAGCAGAAUGUGGACCAGGCUGGCCAGGCUGCAGGGGAAGGGCUGAGCGUGACGGGCACCGUGUGCCAUGUGGGGAAGGCGGAGGACCGGGAGCGGCUGGUGGCUACGGCUGUGAAGCUUCAUGGCGGUAUCGAUAUCCUAGUCUCCAAUGCUGCUGUCAGCCCUGUCUUUGGAAGCCUAAUGGAUAUCACCAAGGAGGUGUGGGACAAGACUCUGGACAUUAAUGUGAAGACCCCAGCCCUGAUGACAAAGGCAGUGGUGCCAGAAAUGGAGAAACGGGGAGGCGGCUCAGUGGUGAUGGUGGCCUCCAUAGCAGCCUUCAGUCCAUCUCCUGGCCUCAGUCCUUACAGUGUCAGUAAAACAGCCUUACUGGGCCUCACCAAGACCCUGGCCAUAGAACUGGCCCCAAGGAACAUUAGGGUGAACUGCCUACACCUGGACUUAUCAAGACCAGCUUCAGCAGGAUGCUCUGCAAGGACAAGGAAAAAGAGGAAAGAAUGAAAGAAAUCCUGCAGAUAAGAAGGUUAGGUGAGCCAGAGGAUUGUGCUGGCAUUGUGUCUUUCCUGCGCUCUGAAGAUGCCAGCUACAUCACUGGGGAGACAGUGGUGGUGGGUGGAGGAACCCCGUCCCGCC